UGAAGAAGAAAAGAAAAAAAGAUUCUAAAAUGUUGGGAGGGGCCGCGAGUUUAUAAACUCCCGCCAAGUCCGACGAGACCGCGCUAGCCAGAAGCGAGAGCCAUCCUUAGUGCUGAUUGGUUGAAGGUCCCGAACUCUGGUGUCCUUUGUUGCUGCCUGAAUUCUGCGGCCUCAAUCUGUCCCUGCAUCUGUGUGUAAUGCCUGUCGACAAGAAUACCUCAUCUAAUGAGUUAUGAUAGCCUCUGCAUCCAUGAACCCCCGGAAGCCAGCCCAACCUACCCCGGGAUAUCUGUGGCAUGGAUCAUUGAUAGAUACAGCUCAGCUUGGCUUCCACCAAGGCCUAAAUAUACUUGCGGAAGCGAAUCGGGCAGCUACAGAUUGUCUCCAGGCUCAAUAAGGCAGAGGCCGAGCAAGCCGGCCGCACGUGAUGAGACAUGUCGUAAUUGGCUGCGGCCACCCAGCGUUGUACAGGCAGUAGUAAGUGCUACACUCCACCAAGUAACGAUAUGCUCACCUGCUCCGCACUCCCUCACCUGCCCCAUGCACGGUGACCCAUUCCAAAUUCCCUAUUUCCCCUCCACUUCUCUUGCUCCUCUCUCAGGCUCAUUUGUCCUUGAACCUACACACUCUUGUCUGUCCGAUCAGACCAUACCGAGUCAACCUAUGGCUAUUGCCAACUCCGUCCUCAACGAGCGGUGACUGUCCGAUACCGCUUCCGUCCGACUGAACUCGCCGCUCGCCUCACCAUGGAUCUCGUGCAAAAAGAACAUGAGCGACUGGUGAAGAAGACCAAAGCCGCUCAAGGCCUUAAGUCUGUACAGACCUCGAUAGAUUUGCUGCAAAACGCGCGGGACGCUAUUGCUGCAGGUUGAUCCGAGUCAAGCAUCAAU